AGGGGAAAGUUCAGACUUGAUUGAAUAGUCUCUGAUAUCUUUUCGUGUCCGGCAUAUUUUUAUGCAAGAUUCACAUUUAUUAGUAACGUCUUUUUCCGUAGGCCAUCUUAAUCACUGGAUUACUAGUUUAACUACCAAUUACUAUCUGUAUAUUUUCUAAUUAGCUUCAUCAGUGAGUAAUUCUCUGAUCAAUAUUUUUUUAACAAUUAAACUUCUUCUAAGUGGCCAUAAUUUGCAACAACUUGAGAUGCCGGGUCACAAGACAUUGGGCCUAUUUAUUUCAAACCUGUACAUAGUAAAGUUUGUAUAAGAUCAGCCUCUAAAAGAAAAGGAAAAAUAAAAAAUAAAGAGAGAGAGAGAAAAAAAAGCCGUUGGAUGUCAACGGCUAUAUCUAAUUUUAAACUUCAAAAACCCUAAUUUCAAAAUCCUUUCUAUUUUCUUUCCGUUUCUGCUGUUUCAGCUCUCUCUUUCUUUCUUCUCCUUAACUCAAAGUUCUGAUCUUUCUUUGUCUCUCUCUCCUACUUAGUUCUUGAAGAAAAUUAGAGGUCGGUUCUUUUAAAAAGCCCUGAAAAGUCGAAGCUUGAACUAAUCCAAGAAACCAAAAAUGGCACCUACACCUUCUUCUUCGUCAAAAUUAAACCAAACUCACAUAUUCAAGACUCCACAAUCCAAACAUCGUCUAACUUUUAAUUCAGCAAGAACCCCAAUUCCGCAUCCGCAUCCGCAUCCAUCUCCAAACGUAAAUGCAACACUCAAAGAACCAACAACACAGGGAGACCACCCAAUUGAAGUUGUUGGCAGAAUACGUGACUAUCCAGAAAAAAGGGAAAAACCCACUUCAUCAAUCUUGCAAGUAAAUCCGGAUAACCAGACUCUUCGGAUCCGUGCUGAUAUUGGGUAUAGAGAUUUUUCUCUUGAUGGGAUUUCUUUCUCUGAGGAAGAAGAUCUUGAUUCCUUUUACAAGAAGUUCGUCCAGUCAAGAAUUAAUGGUGUUAAACUGGGUAAUAAAUGUACUAUAAUGAUGUAUGGACCGACGGGUUCGGGUAAGAGUCAUACUAUGUUUGGGUGCUCAAAGCAGCCUGGGAUUGUGUACAAGUCAUUAAAGGAUAUAUUGGGAGAUGGAGAAGAUGGGAGUGAUGGAGAGAGAUUGGGGAUGUCUACUGCAUUUGUGCAAGUUACUGUUUUGGAGAUAUACAAUGAGGAAAUUUAUGAUCUCUUGUCAAGUAAUGGUGGUGGUGGUGGGUUCGGAAUUGGCUGGCCUAAGGGUGGCAGCGCAUCCAAGGUAAGACUUGAAGUAAUGGGAAAAAAGGCCAAAAAUGCUACUUACAUAUCUGGGACUGAAGCUGGAAAAAUUUCCAAGGAGAUUCAGAAAGUGGAGAAGCGAAGGAUAGUUAAGAGUACCCUCUGUAAUGACCGCAGUUCUAGGAGCCACUGCAUGAUAAUCCUGGAUGUUCCAACUGUGGGGGGACGGCUUAUGUUGGUUGAUAUGGCAGGCUCAGAGAAUAUAGAAGCAGCAGGACAAAACAAUUUUGAAGCAAAGAUGCAGACAGCGAAAAUUAACCAAGGAAAUAUAGCAUUGAAAAGGGUGGUUGAAUCUAUUGCUAAUGGAGAUUCUCAUGUGCCCUUUAGAGACAGCAAGUUGACUAUGCUGCUCCAGGAUUCUUUUGAGGAUGAUAAAACCAAAAUUUUGAUGAUACUGUGUGCAAGUCCAGACCCAAAGGAGAUACAUAAGACCAUAUGCACCCUUGAAUAUGGAGCAAAAGCAAAGUGUAUUGUUCGUGGUCCUCAUACACCCACUAAGGAUAAAGUUGGCACUGAUGAUUCUUCAGCAGUAAUCUUAGGAUCCAAAAUAGCAGCCAUGGACCAGUUUAUAUAUAAGUUACAGAUGGAGAACAAACUCAGAGAGAAAGAAAGAAAUGAAGCUCACAAACAGCUCAAAAAGAAAGAAGAGGAGGUUGCUGCACUGAGAGCACUUAUUGAAGGGAAAGGAUCUGUAGCAAGUGAAGAGGAGAUCAACUUGAAGGUGAAUGAGCGCACAAGGCUCUUGAAAGUUGCAUUGGAAAAGAAGUUGGAGGAGUGUCAGAAAAUGGCUGAAGAGUUUGUUGAAUUGGAGAGGAGGAGAAUGGAGGAGAAAAUACUGCAACAGCAGCAAGAAGUUGAAAUGCUCAGAAGGCGCUUGGAGGAAAUUGAAUCUGAGCUGUGCCGUUCGAGGGAUGAUGGAUCAAAAGACAUAGAUGGAAGUAGCUUUGCCAGAAGGCUGUUGGGAGUUUAUGCUGAUGAUGGGGCAGACAUGGUGAAAUCGAUGGAUUUGGACAUGGGUGAUCAAGAAUCAUCUAUUCUAUAUGGGAAUCAAACAUUGUCUAGCUAUCCUCAUUCAAACAAUUUGAAUCAGGUUAUUGAUCAUAACUCUUUUACAACAACAUAUAGUGGUAAAGUAUGUCUGAGCACUGUAUUUGAGGAGGAAGAAGUAGAAGACGAGGAACAUAAAGAGAAAGUGGAAGAUGAGGUAGAGGAAAAAGAAGUAAUAGAGGUAAAGAGGAUUGUUGGUGGUUCUGGCUCUGGGAUAACUAUUGAUACAGAUGCAGCCUCUUCUCCUCAGAAAUAUGAAGCCUCUAGCAGAAAUGUAGAGGAAUUUGAUAAUGCUGAUGCAUCCUCUUCUAGACUAGUAAGAAUCCAGAACAUAUUUACACUUUGUGGGAACUACAGAGAGCUCUCUCAACACAGUAAUACCCGAGUGCCUGCAACUAAGAUGUUUGAAGACACUAAUCCUCAGUCAUCUCUAUUAAUGACACCUGGGGAGGAUUGUGCCAUAAGGAAUUCAGGGAAAGAGAACUCACCAAUCCAGAAAAAUCCUCAGUCAUCUCUAUUAAUGACACCUGGGGAGGAUUGUGCCAUAAGGAAUUCAGGGAAAGAGAACUCACCAAUCCAGAAAAAUCUAUAUGAUAUAAUGACAUUGGCUUCAAAAGAGAAUCACAAUCCCUCGAAAGAAAGCAAUGAUGGACAGAUAGAUGUGCAUGUGAAAUGGGAGGCAUCGAAAGGAAAUAAUGGCAAAUUCAUUACCACACUUAAGGUUGUGAAGGAUGCCACACUUGCUGAUCUGAGAAAGCUGAUUGAAAUCUAUCUUGCUGCAGAUAAUCAACCGUUCAGUUUUAUCGUGCUUGGGGAUCCAACUGGAGCACCUGUUCCAAAGGAGAAAGAAUCAACACUCCAUGCCAUCAAACUCCCCAUUUGCAACAACCAGUCUCAUGGUUACCUUGCUUGCUUGCGACCCGCAAAUCAUCUCCCACUAAGCCCUGUUCCAGCAACUCCGCUGGAAAGCAAACUACUCCCAGUGACUCCCCUGGAAAACAAAAUGCCAUUGGCUUCCCUCGAAAACAAGUUACCACUCACGCCAAGUUCUUGCUCGCCAGUGCAAUGUGAUGGUUUAUCACCCAAACUAGCUCAGCACCUAAAUUCCACUCCCUUCAUCACGCUUAGAAGAUAUUAGCUGUUUGUUAUGGUGUUGAAUCUGCACAUUAGCGAUCUGAGUAUAUAUAUGCUAAUGUACUCUUUUUUGUUUAUGCUUAAAUUGUGAAAUUGUUAAUAUGUGAAGUGACAUUGCAAUGCAACUAUGCUAUAUAUUAUAUAA